GGGGAGUAAAAAAAAAAGCUCCGUUUCCCCUCCUCUCUUAUUUUUGUUUUCGCGUUAUAUGUAUCAUGAGCAGUGUAACGAAAUUUGACACUGCUCACGAGGAUUUAAUCCAUGACAUUUCAUACGACUUUUACGGGAAGCGUCUUGUUACGUGUUCAUCCGACCAACGACUCAAAGUAUGGGAUUUCGUUGAACGCGAAGAUGCAGCCGUAUGGGAACUGAAUGAUACAUGGAAAGCACACGAUUCGUCUAUUCUCAAAGCAAUAUGGGCUCAUCCCGAGUAUGGUCAGGUCAUUGCAAGCUGUUCUUUGGAUCGACUCGUCAAAAUAUGGGAGGAGCAACCAAUGGAAUCUAAAGCAAGUCAAAAACGAUGGGUCGAACGAUUCCGCUUGGUUGAGUCGCGCGGUGCUGUAUUAGACAUUGCAUUUUCACCAACGCAAGGUGCUUUAAGACUGGCAACGUGUUCAGCAGAUGGUAUUGUACGGAUAUACGAAGCAUUAGAGCCUACCAACCUUGCACAAUGGUCCCAAAUGGAGGAAUUCGAAAUUACAUUACACAGCGACGGCAAUGUUUCCCAACAACCUACAUUGUCAGGCACACCACCUACAUCCCUUACUUCUAUGCCCCCGCAACCAUCCGCCAUAGUGCAACCACCAUUGCAACAACAACAACAGCAGCAGCAACAACAACAACAACAACCGAUGAACACCCACAGUACAAGUUCUAGCAACUCAUCCAUCGCCAGCCACGCAUUAUCCACACCUGGCCUCGACGCGCCCGGAAAUGUCAACCCGUUUCCAGUCAUGACGAGCGCCAGCGGUACAGCCACCACGACACAAACCACCACAAGUGCAAUAGCCACAACCGUGUCACCCACAUCACAAAACAAUGCCACAGCAUCUGCCAUCAUGCCGACGAGUAGCAGCAAUAACAACAAUUCUAAUGUAGCGACAAUGAAUGGACCUGGAGCGGCUGACAGUGGCUACUGCAUUGACUGGUGUCCAAACCGUACAGCAACACCCAUGAUGGUGGUCGGGCUAGGCAAGGAGAUUGGUGCACGCAUCUUUCGUCACGACGGACAUAGUCGAUGGCAUCCAGGCGAAUAUUUACCGGGUCAUGAGCAAGAAGUACAUGAUGUCAGUUGGGCUCCAAGUAUGGCGCGAACGUAUCAGUUGAUUGCCACGGCAAGCAAGGAUCAUUAUGUUCGGAUAUUCAAGAUCACUGAACCAUCCAAUACUACCAGUCCAUCAUUUGCUUUGCAACAGCAACAAAGAUAUGGUCAAUCACCGACUGUAGGUUCGGCUUCAUCCGCGAUGCGACAAAACAAGGCUGGUGGACAACAACAACAACAACAUAUGCAGAUUGAACUCGUAGCUGCAUUCAAUGACCAUAAUGCAGAAGUGUGGCGUGUAGAGUGGAAUAUCACCGGUACCAUUCUCUCGUCGUCGGGUGAUGAUGGAAAAAUUCGAUUAUGGAAGGCUGGAUCGGAUGGUGUGUGGAGGCAAAUGGCUGCUAUUGCUGCAAACCAACAUUACUCAUCAUCAUAAUAAAUGGAAAGCCCACCAUGUUCAUCAUAAUA